GACUCUGCUGCACAGGAUUUGCUUUCCAAGGGGAAGUAGCUCCCAAAUGUGGUUGGAGAGCUCAGAUCUGUCACCCACUGUCUGGGUGAGCUUGGGAACCAAGAGUUGCUGCAAGGAAUGGAGUGGAAGAUGCUGUGUUGGUGUUCUCUGCUGGCCCGUGACUCCUCUCCCCCCAGGACACAGGCAGAGGCAGGAAGGAUCACCACCACUUCUGAUACAGCACAAAUCCACCCAGGGCAGCUCUGCUGGAGUUCUGCCCAUCCCCAGGACUUUUCCUCCGUGCCCCAGCAGUGUGUGCAUGCCCUGGGCACGGGGACCAGCUGCCCUGGGAGAGCUCUGGAGCGUGCUGUGCCCCAGGGGAGGGAGCAGCUGCUCUUGGCUCAGCCCAGCCUGGCCAUCAGAGCCUGCUGUGUGCAGCCACAGCACCCUGGGCACCUGCCCUGCUAAACCAGUGCCUCACACUGGGUGCAGCAGCUGGGACUCCCGGAGGGAAGAGCUGGGGGUUUCAGCAAAGAAAAUUCCCAAACCAGACAGCCCUGUGGCAAUAAACACUGAACACUGCAUUUUCGCUGAAGUUUAUGAAUAAAAGAGAAUAUUUCUAGCACGGGGAGUGUAUGCAGAGUGGAGCCACUUGUAAAUUACUUCUGCUGUGGGAGUUUUGGGAUCUGGUAAACUCGGUGUUAAGGUUGUCCUGAAGGUAGAGCAGCCCAAAAAGUGUGUCCCCAUCUCCAAAUGCACCACAGAUUCACUCUUCUCCCCCAAACAAAUGUUUAACCGGAUGCUGUAGGUCAAUAUUUGCCUGCCAAAUUCCCAAACAGGGGGUGGUGCUGAAGGUUGCUGCUGGGAGGGGGGGCUGGACUAGAGCUGUGUGUGCCCCAGGCAGAGCUGCUGGACAGGCUGAAGCAGGUGCCAGCUCCAACGUGGACAUGAACAACCUCAGACCUGAACAGGCUGAGCUUGCAGCUGGAAAUAACUCCUCUCUCGGCUGGUCCUUGUGUUCCAGGAAAAUGGGGUUCCUCUGGGGGCUGCUCUGCCUGGCUGCUCUGCACAGCCUCCCAAGGCUGGCACAUGCCACUGACCAGCAGCGUCUCUUCCUGGACAAAGAUGGGAAGUUGAGGGACUUGAAAAUUGCUGGAAUUGCACAGUCGGAUUUGCCGGGAGCCAUCCCAGCCCUGCCAGAGGGAAAGAUGGUAGAAUUUAGUUAUGACAGCUUCCAGGAGAAGGAUGGACCCAUGUCAGAAUUCCCCACCAGCCUGUCAGACACGAGGGAUGACUGGAACUCAGAAGAUGAAGCCGUAGCUGGGGCUGGGGGCUGUCCUGGGAAGAACUCACCUGGGGAAAAUGCCUCUUCUGAAGAGGAAGGAGAGGCUGGAGAUAAAAGCUGUGAGAUGACUUGGAAGAAGAGCCAGAGGCUGGCAGAUGGCUUGAUGAGAUUCAGCAUUGAUCUCCUGAGAGAGGUGCAGCUGGAGUCCAACAGAACCAACGUGAUCCUGUCCCCCCUCAGCAUCGCCCUCGCCUUGUCUCACCUGGCUCUGGGAGCAGCAAAUCAGACAGAGAAGCAUUUGCUGGAGGUGAUGCACCUGGAGUCAGUGCCCUGCCUCCACCACAUGCUGGGCACCCUUCGCAGGAGGCUCACAGAGUCCACCCUCAGCCUUGGCUCACGUCUGUACCUGCAGAAAGGGUUUGAGGUGAAAGAGAAGUUCCUGGAGGAUUCAGAGAAAUUCUAUGGAGCAAAGCCCAAGACCCUUUCUGGGAUCAAUCAGGACGACCUCAUGGCCAUAAACAACUGGGUAAAGGAUGUCACUCAUGGGCAAAUUCCCUCUUUCCUCCAGCAGCUCCCUCAAGACACAGUGAUGCUCCUGCUCAAUGCCAUCUAUUUCCACGGGUUUUGGAGGAAUAAGUUUAAUGCAAGCUUCACUGGGCCAGAUGUGUUCCACCUUGACAACGAGUUUGUGGUCCCAGUUGAGAUGAUGAAAGCCCACCAGUACCCCCUGAGCUGGUUUACUCUGGAGUCCCAGGAUAUUCAGGUGGCCAAGUUUCCCUUUAAGAGUAAUGUGAGUUUUGUGGUCAUUGUACCAAACCACAACACCCAGAACACCUCUCACGUGCUGGAGAACUUCCCUUACAAACAACUGUGCAGGCUUUUCCCCAGAGAGGUGCCCACCACAGUCAAGAUCCCCAAAAUAAAGUUGGACUACCAGCUGGAACUCAACCAGGUUCUCAGCCAAAUGGGCCUCCAGGAGCUGUUCACGAGCCCAAAUCUCCAGAAGAUCACAGAGAAGCCUCUCUUUGUGUCCAGUGUACAGCACCAGGCCACCCUGGAGCUUAAAGAAGAUGGGGUGGAAGCAUCUGCUGCCACCAGUGUCGUGCUGUCACGCUCAGUCUCUGCCUUCAGCAUCGACAGGCCCUUCCUCUUCAUCAUCUUCGAGGAUGAAACAGGGAUCCCACUUUUUAUUGGCAGUGUCCAGAACCCCAACCCAGAUGCUGCUCCCCAGAUCCGAGAGCCACAGGACUCACGUGAAGCCACAGAGGCCAACAAGCACCGCGUGCCCAAAUAGCAGAGGGCAGAGCUGAGUGUUCUGGGACUCCUGCCUGACCCUCUGGACCAGCUGGGAGAGGCCUCCUGCUCCUCUGAGGCCACAGGGGGCAAUUCCUUGCUGUUUUCUUUUCCAGAUCCCUAGAGACCAGUCCUGGGAUAGCCCAUUCCAGCCCUGACGAGCUUCUCCAGGCUGAGGCUCCCCUCUGUUGAACUUGAAAAGCUUGUUCUGCCUGGAUUUCCCUUCCAGGGCUCUCAGUCAUGGAAGGGAGACUUUUUUGUCCCCAGACUGCUAUUAGAGUCUUCAUUAAGAUCUUAUUAGAGUCCCCUGUAGCCUGGAAUCAUCAUUAGCAUCUGGCAGCUUGGACAUCAGCCAGGGCUGUAUUAAUGUGGCUCUUCCUUCCGCAGUUCCUGGGAACACGAAUCCCUCCGUGUUCCUCUGAAAACCAUCUGUGCCCACCUAGACAACGACCUCCAGAGCAACUGGACUAGAAACCAGUUGUCUUCUCUAGGAUGAGUCACAGCCACUUCCAGGCAGGGGUUCUUUUCAAAGAUUCCCUUUUCCCACUCCUUGGCUAUUUGGAUCUGAUGUAGGAGGCUCUGCUGUAGGAAACCCCUCCCUUUGGAUCCUUCUCUCCAGCCCUUCUUCUAGAGGCUGGGUAAUGUUAGAUUUUGCAAGGCAUAUUUUAUAAAGUGUUUUUUAGUAAUUUUUAUGUUGGCAGAAUAAUAAAGAAUAAAGCAGAAUAUAUUUGCUGAAGGUGUUGCAUUGAAGGACCCAACAGCCAAAGGGAAAAGGGACAGAAGUUUAGUAAUUGCAAAGAUUGGGAGAAAAAAAGUCUGGGCAUGACAGAAGAAAAGAAGGGAGGGGCUGUGGCAAAGGAUCUGUUUUUUGUCACACCUUGUCACAGGAAACAGCAGGGGCUGGGAGGUGAAAUGGCAAAUCUGUAAAGACUCUCCAAGGGCCAAGUCCAACAAGUUUUGGGCAUCUCCCCGGCAAGUGUUUAGGGGAUGGAUGCUCUCUGGGUCAAAGCUGGCUUUGUGAGAUGGCAGAAUUCCCUGAAUUAGGGCAUGAGCUCAGUGGCACAGGGUCAGGAGGGUGUUUGGCCUGUGAGCAGCAGUGCAGGGAUAAGCAAAGAUGUAACAGCCCUUAACCUUUCUCUCGGGUAAAACCUGACAACUGCUGGGAUCUGCUCAGAGGGUCAAAGGUGCUGAUCUGGCAUCUGUUACCUCUGAUUUGUUCUUCACUGGGGUACUCCUGGCUCCACAGUAUCCAUGCUGUGGAUGGCUGGGACAGCUUCUAGGGAAAGGAGGAAAGAUUUUGACACCUGUAGCUGAAUGUCACUGCUUUUGUUUUGGCAAAAGACAAUGUCCUGUUGUAACUCCCCUUUGGUCUGAGGUGGGCAGAGCCCAUCACACCCCCUGAGGUGGGUCCUUGUUCCAGUGCAGCAGUGCCCUAAAUGCCCAUGAGGCCCUGGCAGAUUGUCCAGAGAAGCUGCCCCAUCCCUGGAAAUGUCCAAGGACAGCUUGGACGAGGCUUGCAGCAACCUGGGAUAAUGGAAGGUGUCCCUGCCCAUGGCAGGGGGGCUGAAACAAGGUGAUCUUUAAGAUUCCUUCCAAACUAAACCAUUUUAUGAUUCUAUCAACAAAUUUUGGGGUUCCUCCACCCAACCAAGCCAUCCUAUCACUUAAAAAUUAUGGGCCUAACUCAGAGGUACUUCUGUACAAAACAACUCCUGUCCACAGUAAUUUCUGCUUCCAAACCCCCUCAGCUGCUGGGUGGAAAGGAUGGUGCUCUGU